AGCUCUUUCAAUUCUGGCCUUCUCUUCCCUAGUGUACGUUCCCGAUGAAUGGGAAGUAGCCCGGGAGAAGAUCACCAUGAGCCGAGAGCUCGGACAGGGGUCCUUCGGGAUGGUCUAUGAGGGUGUCGCCAAGGGCGUGGUUAAGGACGAACCUGAAACCAGGGUGGCCAUCAAGACUGUGAACGAGGCCGCGAGCAUGCGUGAGAGGAUUGAGUUUCUCAACGAGGCGUCCGUGAUGAAGGAGUUCAACUGUCACCACGUGGUGCGGUUGUUGGGCGUGGUGUCCCAGGGCCAGCCGACGCUGGUCAUCAUGGAACUGAUGACUCGGGGGGAUCUCAAAAGCUAUCUCAGGUCUCUGAGGCCAGAAAUGGAGGUCAGUUUUGAUUUUCACCACCUUCGGCCAGGAGCUUGCCUCUUCUCAUUCCUUC